AUGUCGUCGACGUGGAACAAGCUCGUCAACCUCGUCAUCCGCCCGCCUCGCGCGCAGUACGACCCGAACGAGCACCUCCCCGGGCCGAGAUUCCGCAUCGCCGGGGUCACUCACGUUCGACGCGACAUCGACCUGGCGGGAGCCGACGGGCUGACGCUCAAGUGCAGCCACUACGAGCCCGAGGUGAGGGGCAAUGACCCGCUGCCGUGCGUUAUCUAUCUCCACGGCAACUCGGGGUCCCGAUGUGACGCCACGGAGGCCAUACGUCUGCUCCUCCCCGCGCGCAUCACCGUGUUCGCGGUGGACCUCGGGGGAUCCGGCAUGAGCGAGGGGGAAUACGUGACGCUCGGCGUCCGGGAGACGAAGGACGUCGAGUGCAUCGUCAACCACCUCAGGGACCAGGGGUUGACCUCCAAGAUCGGCCUCUGGGGUACCAGCAUGGGCGCGGUGACCGCCAUCAUGUACGCGAACCGCGACCCCUCCAUCGCCGGCGUCGUCCUCGACUCGCCGUUUUCUUCGCUGCCCAAGCUCAUGCUCGAGCUCGUCGCGCAGUUCACCAAGGGCAGCCGCGUGGGCGUGCCCAAGAUGGCCGCGCGAAUGGCGCUCUCCUUCGUCAGAUCUUCCGUCAAAUCGAGGGCCAAGUUCGACAUCAACGACCUGGACCUGAGAAAGGUGGCGCCGUCCACGUUUUGCCCGGCGCUCUUCGCGCACGGCAAAGACGACGACUUCAUACCGCCGCACCACAGCGAGACGCUGCACGAGCUGUACGCCGGGGAUAAGAACUACAUAGCCAUCGACGGCGACCACAACUCGCCGAGACCGGCGUUCUUCUUCGACAGCACGGUGAUUUUCUUUUGCAACGUGCUGGACCCGCCGCCGACGAGC